CGUCGUCACUAGGUCCCCCGACCUGUUUCGAGCCUCCAGGACAAGUAAGACCACGAGCAUGAUCCAUUCAUGCGUCAGGCAUUAGAGCAGGCUGCCUUCUGCGAACCUGUACAGACAGCAUUCUGUGUAGGAUGCGUCCUUGUGGCGCGUUUUCCAGACUCAGAACCAAUUGUGUUGUCCAAGGGUUUCUCGAGGGAAUUACCAGGGAACACUCAUGCGGAGGCAAAUGCUUUGGCCAAGUUUGAGAGUCUCACUUCCCCGCAGCUGCAAUCUCUCGUUUCUCCAUGGCCAUUGGAAGCAGUACCUGUCGUAGAAGACCUUCUUCCUCUCGUAGACGUUUAUACCACUCUUGAACCAUGCUCAGUCAGAACAUCGGGCCUGUCUGCCUGCGCUGACGCCCUCAUUCGCGCCAGAAUCAGACGUUGCAUUAUAGGUGUACAAGAGCCAGAUGACUUUGUCAAAUGUGAGGGUGCACGAAAGAUGAAGGAUGCCGGUAUCGAGGUUAUCUGGUACGGCGGCUUAGAGCAAGAAUGCUUAGACGCUGCCCGCAGAGGUCAUCACGCCUAGUCUAGUAUUCACUCUCCCAAUGGCCUCCAACUAUCUCUGACCAGUAAUCAAUAACUUUCCUGGCGAGUUG